AUGGUCUCCGAUAAUUGUGGUUUGGAUCUUAUACAGACACUGAAUAUAGCAGUAGAUGGUACGGCCGCCUUGGAAUAUCUUCAUCGUUACUACACAUUCCCAGUUGUUCAUUGUGAUAUAAAGCCAAGUAAUGUGUUGCUUGAUCAAGACAUGACUGCUCAUCUUGCUGAAUUUGGCAUUUCCAAGCUUUUUGAUGGAGGGGAAACAACUAUCCAAACACAAACAAUGGCAACUAUUGGUUACGCAGCACCAGCCGUCACUCCAUUGAGUGAUUCCAAGGUACAAUGUUUCAAGUGUAAGGGUUUUGGUCAUUAUACGCUUGAGUGCCCCACAACGUGUGAUGGUUAUUGGGAAAAUGGUAGCGUGCAUAGUGAGGAUGAGGAUGAUGGGGUGGAAAGGGCGGGUUUGGAGGAGAGUGUGAAUCCGCUCAUGAUUUAUUCGAGUGGGGAUGAAGAGAAUGAGGAGUUGGAUGCUUAG